AUGUUGUAAUUAAGAAGUUUUUAAAGUUGUAAAAUUAAACCCCAAAGCUAUUGUUGCGAAUAUUGCAUUAAAAAAAAUCAAAUUUUCAUAUCUCUUAUUAAAUUCAACCUCAUCAACCUUAUUUAUAAACAAACAAGUACAAUUUCAUAAAAAUAUGUUGAUGCAAUUGUAUAGCCUAACAACAUGCCUAUAUUAUUUGAGUAUUAUGCAAUAUAAGUAGAUAUAAUUCUUUAAUCAUGAG